AUGGCGCCGACGUACUCGUUCCCCAUCCUGGGCAACAACGACAUCAUCGCGUGCCUCGCCGAGAUGGACAUCACCAUCACGGAGAAGGAGCUCCUCCGACCGCACCCCGACACCCUCUUCAAGGUUUACGAGGACCUGGUCGUCCUCCUGUGCGGCGAAACGCGCGAGGAGAUGUACACGCCGAAUCUCGAAGCUGCGGCCAACUGCUUGGAGUUUCCCGAGCUCUACGAGGAGGCCAUCGGCGCGCUCAAGUUCCACCGCCACCUUUUCAAGCUCAUGAAGAACGUUGGCGUCAACGACUUCUCCAUGCGCGACAUGAUCAAGCCGGAGUACGCGCGCACCAGGCGCAACAUCAGCGCCAUCAUCAACUUUGCCAAAUUCCGCGAGUCGAUGCUCGAGAAACACGAGGAGAUGCUCGAGAAGGCGGCGGAGCAGGAGGCCGCGUACGAAGCCGCGCUCGCGCGCAACAAGGAGCUCAAGGAAAAGAUCGCUAAGCUCACGGCUGAACGCGAGGCCAAGGCGGCGGCGGACGAGGACAAGGAGAACAACGCCGAGAAGGAAGCGCCCGCGCGCGAGUCCACACCCGAGGAACUCGCCGAGGCGAAGCGCGUGCACGACGAGGCCAAGGCUAAUUACGAGAUGUGGGUCAAGAAGAAGGAGGAGGCGGACGCCAAGCUGGAGGCGGCGAAAAAGGAAGAGGACGAGACCAAGGCGGCGGUCAUCGAGGCCGAGGCUAAGAAGGCUGAGCUCGAGCGGCAAGUCGCCGAGGCGGAGGAGAAGGCCAAGGGAACCGACGCCGACCGCGCCGCCGCCGCGGAGCUUGCCGAGGAGCAGAGGCUCGUCGACGAGGCCGAGGCCAAGCUCAAGGCGCUGCAGGAGAAGGAACGCAAGGGUAAGGAGGCCCUGGCGGAGCUCAAGAAGCUCAUCGAGUACGUGAAGGAGGUUGAGACUGACAUCCGUAAGGCUAACGAAGCGGAGGCAAAGGUGAAGGGGCUGGAGGCUGAGGUGAACAAGACGGAGGAGGAGCUGUUCCAACUCGACCAGAAGAUCGACGAUCUCACGCGCCAGGAGACCAACUGGAAAGAGAAGAUCGCGCGCCAGAAGGAGCAGGGCGAGCUCAAGCGUCAGGCUGCGGAGGCUUCGCUCAAGGCUGCGAAGGAGGAACUCGCCGCGGUCAAGGCUCGCAACGCGGCAAACGACGCCAAGAAGGCUGAGGAGGAAAACCAGGCGAAACAGCUGGAGCUCAAGAUGCAGCAGGAGGACGAGGAGCACGAGCGCGAGAUCGAGGCGCUGGUCACGAACUUCGCCAGCCUCCGCGACCAGGUGGUGAAGUACCACGCGCGGCUCGCGGACGAGAUGGGCGUGGCGGAGAAUGAGCGAGUGCCCCUGCAACGCGUCGAGCCCGAAAACGCCAGGCGCGGCGUAGGGGACUUUACCAACACGAUCAACUGGACCAACUACGACAUCACCAAGAACUUCGGGGGAAUCGGGAAGGGGAAGCCGUCGCUCGCGGCGGUGGGUCGCCCGGCGGGAGCGGAGGACACCGAGUUUACGCUGUCGUGA